AUGUCUCUGCAUUCAUUUAGACAUCUAUUUUUCACGACUUGGAUUCUUGUUUACUUUUUCUGUGCGUUACAUCUUUCUUUCGCUGUUUCACCAGAAUUUGACGAUAAAAAUCGACGUAAUUUUUUCAAACCUGCCGAAAAUCUUACUUUCGGCCUUCAAAAUGUACCUAGACGUAACAGGCAACUCGAUGUUGAUGUUGAAAGUAAAUUUCGUAUCAGUGCUAAUACAAUUAUUCGUACCGGCGAGUCCAGAUCCUUGGGUGCGAGAUACAUAAAUGAAACCGUUCUUUCGUCAAAUCGAGAUUGUUUAACAUGGUGUCUGGAAACCCCGAAUUGCAAUGCAGCUGUUUUUGAAGAACAGAAAGUUCAUAGCUGCUAUCUCUUUGAUUGUGGAUCACCUGUUAACUUCUUGUGCAAGUUUACUAGUCAUAAUUUCUUCAUCAGUUCUGUUUUGAGAGUCACACAACAUUCCUAUGAGCUCAGUCAAUGGGGGAAUCAGGUAAAGCAUGAAAAAGAGCUCCAAGACCUGAGAAGUAACAUUAUUAGCUCCAGCAGCUCUACACCAGCCCUCCCAGUAGAUUUGAAAACAGUUUCUGAAGUAUCUGUCACACCAUCUGCAAUUACAAAACCAGGUAACAAAUGCCAUCACUACCAAUUUAUGUGCUUAAAUAACAGUGAAUGUAUUGCAAUUUAUAAUGUAUGUGAUGGGAUUCCUCAGUGUCCAGAUGCGAGUGAUGAGAGCAUUGAUAUGAAUUGUCCCAGUAAAGGCAUUUUGAAUACUGAUUCCCACCAUCCUUCACAUCCUGAACCCGUUCAGCAGCCUUUUGAAAAAACUCAAGUUAAGAAUGUCUUGCCACAUUUGCCCCCACCUACAACCACCGCCAAAAAUUCUCAAAAGAUCCCGGGCUCUAAUUUACAUGAUAAGCAGAAGGCAACGGGAAGGAAAGAUAAUGUGUCUCAUAAGGAAGAAUUAAAAGCAGUGUGGCCCAACCAGAUUUCUGAGGGCCAAAACUCACAACUUGAAUAUUAUCAUCACUCUGAUGGGUCAGCUCCAAAUGAUGGGUUGGGUUCACCAUUUGUUCAUAAACAUAGCCAGUUUGUUGCUGCUAAUGAUCCCCAUGUGCAGAAUCUCAAUCGAUGGUCUUCUGAUUAUGAUCAAUAUCCCCAGCACUCCAUUUCACUUGAGCAACAAUAUAAUCCUUACGACAACAACUACCAGAGAAUGGAUGAGCAAUACUUGCCUAACCAGUUGCCCCCAGAGUAUGAUUCGUUAAAACCAUACAGUGGUUAUAGACAAGAUGAUCUUUCAUAUUGGUCUAAUCAAGAUAAUCCUGCUGAUGGCCCAUAUGCUGUUGAGGCAGAACUUCCACAACCAAGUCUUCAUGCUUUGAAUAAACAGCAAAACUAUCGUGACAAAGAGAAUCUUUACGCUCAGCAAAUUUCUAGAACUAUUGAUCAAUAUCCAGAAAUCAAGCAUCGGGUUUUACAGAAGCCUAUGGAUUCAUUACCAUCUAUUCCUCAAAGUCAAGUUUCUGAUAUGGACGAAUACAAAAGAAGAAGAUUCCCUUCUCAAAAAUCUCAACCAUAUCCAGGUUAUGACGAGUCCUUACAAAGACAAUACUUUCCUGACUCAAAAUCAAGAAAUUAUGAAGCUUCAGAGAACAUGGAUGAUUCAAUGUACAGUAACGAUGAUCUUAUUAGAGCUAGCAUAGUUAGUCAACUUCCAAAUCAAGAAGAAAUUCAUCAUUUUCAUGAAGUUAAUGGUGAUCAUGCUUUUACUCACAUUGAAAGAACAACUCCAAGCCAUUCUAUGACACUUACAAGUGAUGGAUCAGAUGGGAAAGAGCCAAUUACAGAUGAUUCUUUAAUUAUUGUAAAACCCACGGCAUAUGCCAAACCGGUCCAACGUAGUGUCCUUGAUUUCAAAAUGUCUGUCACAGAACUCUACCAGUCAACUACUACUCAUUCACGUGAGAUUAAUAGUGCUAUUCUUGCACUUGUUUUGGGCCUCAUCAUAACAGUUUUGCUGAUGAUUCUUCUGGCAUGUCGAAUGAAAACACUACGUCGUAGAAUGUCACGUAAGGGACGUGGUCUGGCCCAUGAUGCUGAUUAUUUAGUCAACGGAAUAGGGCAUGAACAAGAAAAUAUGAAACAAUUUUAUGCACAUCAAGCUAUGAUUGCCAAACCAAAUGUUGUUGGAAAGUACAUGAAAAGUGAAUCAGCUGACAUUGCUUUGCUUAAGUUUCACAGAGAAGGAUCGAAAGACCUAGGAACAUGUCCUAGUGUUUUGAAAUUUGUCUGCAACAUUGAUGGAACUGUUGCCAACAAAAAGCCAUGUCAGCCUAGUCAGAAACUAGGGGCUUGGAACGAGAGUUGUGCAAAUUUUAUAAGUUUUAUGGGGGAAGGGGGAUCUGGCGACCAAACUGAUAAUAGGCCGGCCUGGGCUCUUAGCAGCCCUGUUGAUGAGUCUUUGAGGAGAUAUUUGUUCAACAUUUUGAAGGUUUGCACAGAGUAUGAGAAUGGUCCUACCAUGCAGGGUUGGAUGAAAGCAUUACGAUAA